AUGACGAUGGAUCACAACUGGAAAUUCUCCCAAUGUUUCGGAGAUAAAGGCGACAUUGAAAACAUCACCGAGGCAGAUAUUAUCAGCACGGUGGAAUUCGACAACUCAGGCACGUUUUUGGCCACCGGCGAUAAAGGUGGUAGGGUGGUUUUGUUUGAACGCAAUACUUCCAAGAAAAACUCUUGUGAGUACAAGUUUUUCACCGAGUUCCAGAGUCAUGAUGCCGAAUUUGACUACUUAAAGUCGUUAGAAGUGGAGGAAAAGAUCAACAAGAUCAAAUGGUUGCGUUCGUCGAACAAUUCCUUGUACCUCUUGUCCACCAACGACAAGACCAUCAAGUUGUGGAAGAUCAUGGAAAGACAAGUGAAGCUCGUCAGUGAAAACAACCUAAAUGGAAGCGACCACUUGCCUUCGUCGGGAUUCUCCGUGUCCGACUUGAAGUUGCCCAAGAUGACCUUCCAUGAUAAGUUGAUUCUGGCCCAGCCCAAGAAGGUCUACCUGAAUGCCCACGCCUACCACAUCAACUCCAUCUCGGUCAAUUCCGACCAGGAGACGUACCUCUCGCUGGACGAUUUGCGCAUCAACUUGUGGAACUUGGACAUUGCAGACGAGCUGUUCAAUAUUGUGGACAUUAAGCCCACCAACAUGGAGGAGUUGACCGAAGUUAUCACCUCUGCGGAGUUUCACCCUUCGCACUGUAACUUGUUCAUGUACUCACUGUCAAAGGGAACCAUCAAGUUGCUGGACAUGCGCUCCAACUCGUUGUGCGACACUCACGCCAAAGUGUUCGAAGAGUACUUGGACCCGGCGCUGCACAACUUCUUCACCGAAAUCACCUCGUCAAUCUCCGACGUGAAGUUCUCCCCCGAUGGACGCUACAUCGUCUCUAGAGAUUAUAUGACCGUAAAGAUCUGGGAUUUGGCCAUGGAGCUGAAGCCCAUCAAAACAAUCAAUGUGCACGAGCACUUACGAGACCGCUUGUGUGACACCUAUGAGAACGACGCCAUUUUUGACAAGUUCGAGGUUCAAUUCAGUGGUGACAACCGUUCGGUGAUGACCGGCUCCUACAACAAUAACUUCAUGAUCUACCCCAAUGCGGUGUCGGGCUCUCCCGCCAGAACGCUGGUUGCUGAACCCAAGGAUAUCCAGCUGUUCAGUUUCAAGUCGCUGCACAAGAAGAAGGUCUUGGACGACGAUGACGAUGAACUGGAUGACGAGAACGACGUUGACUCGCCUCCAGUGCUGGGUAAUUAUCCUCAAUCGCCUAACUCACAGCUUGACACCGAUGACGACCAAGAGGAGAUCAUCUUGCAAGCAGACAAGUCUGCGUUUAAGCUGAAGAAGUUAGCACUGGGAGACCUGUCGAGCAGAAGACGUUUGAUGAGUGGAGUCGGUCUGGGCGACCACAAUGACUACAUUGACUUCAAGAAGAGCAUUUUGCAUUUGUCGUGGCACCCACAGGAGAACUCUGUGGCUAUUGCUGCCACCAACAACCUCUAUAUCUUCUCUACGUUGUAA